CAUUUAGUAAAUUUAAAGAGGAUUGAAAUGAAUGAAAUAAUUUCAUUAGUGUACUUUUCAAUUUUGAUGCUAUUAUGUCAAAAAACUGUGGCAUAUGAUACUCAAUAUUCAUUUGAAAGGAAGAUUAAAGAAGAUAUUAAAAUUUUGAAAAAUAAUUUAACCAAUUUAUUAGAUGAUUUCACUUAUUUGAUGGAAUAUAGACACAAUUCAACAAGAAUAAAAUAUGGUAACAAGGAUACAAAAAAUUUUGAAUGUUUAAAGCAGAAGACUUUAAAUCAAUAUUUAAUGAAUGAUAAUCAAGAUUAUAGAAUCUAUUCUAGAAAUAAUCCAAAAAAUUAUCCAGAAAAUUUUUCAUGUAGAAUUGUUUUGAAUGUUGACAAAUCACAAAAUGGGUAUGUAGAAUUAAAAUUUGAAUAUUUCAACAUAGAAUAUUCUAGUGAUUGCAAUUAUGAUCAUUUAAUUAUUUCUGACGAUAAACAAUCAAUUGCGCUAUGCGGAGAUGGUUUGGUAAACAACUUGAAUAAAACUUUGAAUCCAAAUGAAGAUGAUAGUUUAUUUCUCCUGAAUGGAACGCAACCAUAUGUUGAUAAAACUUAUACAAUAAGACCAACUGGUUCAAUAAUUUUCCAGUUUAAAAGUGAUAAAAAACUCACAGCUCCAGGAUUUGUUAUAAACAUUCGGUUUAAAACUGAAAAACAGCCAAAACAUACAAGACAAACAAAGAAUAAUUACAUGCUGCCAUCUUAUUUUGCAGCUGGUGUCAAUCUGAGAACAUCUGAAGUUUUCAAUAUAAUAUCCAAAGGCCAAGAUUCAGAAUGGGAUAGUCCAAUGCUAUGCGAGUUACAUUCUGGUGAGACUAUCAAUCUGGAUUGUAGUGGUAGAUCAUAUGAAAUUUUAACAAGAAAUCCUUAUAGACCAGGUACACAGUGUGGUAUUAGUCUACAAACACCAAGGGGACAAGCUGGAAUAAUGAUUUUUGCAUUUAAAUAUAUACAAACUGAAGUAUCAGAUAACUGCCAAUACGAUUAUAUAAAAAUACAAAAUGAAGAAAUGAAAUUUACAAUUUGCGGAAAAGAAAAUAAAUUACAUUUAAGAGGAAAAGGGGAAAGUGAAUUUCAAACAAAUCAAAAUUAUUUCAUCAAUGUUGAAAAUUCAGCUAAACUAGAAUUUAGAAGUGAUGAAUCAAGUGAAUAUGCAGGAUUUCAUUUACAAUUAAGUUUUCAUUGUAAAAAUAAUACAAAACUUGUUCCCCUGAAUAUUUAGAUAAUAUGGAUUAGUAGAUUAUAUAUGCUGGUUAUUUGAAUCAAGAUACUCUUUAAGAUAGAACAAUAAAUAAUUCUAUAGAUAAUGAAGCACCCAAGAAGAACUAUUCCAUAGAUUAUGAAAGAGUAGGGCCAUCCACUAAUUUUUUCACUCUUAAUAUGCAAAAAAAAAAGCAAAUAAUUCUAAUAAAUGAAAAAAAAAUUUUAAUUAAAAUUCUUUUGAAUUCAAGUUGUUUUUAAAUACUGGAAAUAUAAAAUCUGGAAUGA